AAAAAAAAAAAAAAAAAAAAGGAAGAAACUGAAAUUAGUCAAAGAGGAAAUUCCAAUAAUAUUGUGGCGUUCACAUCACCAUGAUUCAUUAUUUGGUAUUUGACAAUUGAAAUUUGUGGACUGUGAUGGGAUGACCCAUUCACCACUCACCAUUCACCAUUAAAACAGAGAUAGGACUAUGAGUAUCCGACUAAGGUGAGACCUCACAAAUUUGGAGUUGAGAGUAGAUUUUCUCUCCAAUUCAUUCCCAAUUCUCAAUUCAUCCAUGGCUUCCUCUCGUCUUCCAGAUUCCCUCUUCAUUCUCAAGGGAGGAGCUCGUCGUCAAACCCUCAUUCAGCCCACCUCUCUGCGACUGCGUGCUUCAGGUUUUGUUUCCGGGAAUGUUUGUCCUCAGUCACCACGAAAUGCGACCCAAGUUGCUCAAAGUGACAACCUGGUGCCGAAGACCUUUUUAAAAGGCAUAUCUUGCUCAAACUGGCUGAAAACUUGCCCAAACAAGUUAGGACAGUUUAAUCUGAAACAGCAACGGAAGAGCACUAGUACUAGGAGAAAGUCAAUUUUGGUGCAAGCUGUAGCUGUACCUGUUGCACCACCACCUUCAAUGUCUUCCCCAAUGGACGAUACUCAAAACCUGAAACAACUAGCUGAAAACUACGGUUUCAAGGAAAUUGGCGAGCCACUCCCUGAUGAUGUUACACUGAGGGAUAUUAUUGCCUCCCUUCCUAAGAAGGUUUUUGAGAUUAAUGAGAUGAAAGCAUGGGGAUCAGUGCUAAUAAGUGUGACCUCAUAUGCUUUGGGUAUCUUUAUGAUUGCUAAAGCUCCUUGGUACUUACUUCCUCUUGCUUGGGCAUGGACAGGCACUGCUGUCACUGGAUUUUUUGUUAUAGGGCAUGAUUGUGCUCACAAAUCCUUUUCAAAGAAUAAGCUUGUUGAGGACAUUGUUGGGACUCUUGCAUUUAUGCCACUUAUUUAUCCUUAUGAACCAUGGCGCUUCAAGCAUGAUCAACAUCAUGCAAAAACUAAUAUGUUGUUUGAAGAUACGGCAUGGCACCCUAUUUGGAAAGAGAAUAUUGAAUCAUCUCCAGUCUUGCGUAAAGCUCUAAUAUUUGCUUAUGGUCCUCUCCGGCCUUGGAUGUCGAUAGCUCAUUGGUUAGUGUGGCAUUUCAAUUUGAAGAAGUUCAGACAGAAUGAAGUAAAACGUGUCAUGAUAAGCUUAGCUGCUGUUUCUGCAUUUAUUGUUAUAGCUUGGCCGCUGAUAUUAUACAAGACCGGAAUUGUUGGAUGGAUCAAAUUCUGGCUAAUGCCGUGGUUAGGCUACCAUUUUUGGAUGAGUACUUUCACAAUAGUCCAUCAUACAGCCCCUCAUAUUCCAUUCAAGUGUGCAAAGGAGUGGAACGCUGCGCAGGCCCAGCUUAAUGGCACGGUCCACUGUGACUAUCCCCGCUGGAUAGAGAUAUUAUGCCAUGAUAUCAACGUGCAUAUUCCUCACCAUGUCUCGCCUAAAAUUCCAAGUUACAAUUUGCGAGCAGCUCAACAGUCCCUUGAUGAGAACUGGGGAAAGUACCUAAACAAGGCUGUAUGGAAUUGGCGUUUAAUGAGAACGAUAAUGACAACAUGCCAUAUCUAUGACAAAGAUGAAAAUUAUGUCUCUUUUGAGAGAGUUGUUCCUGAAGAAUCACGCCCAAUUUCAUUCCUCAAAAGAGUCAUGCCAGAUUAUGCUUGAUAUUCAUAUAUUGCAGAUUAUGUGGUCCUUAUGCUGUACCUUUUUAAUUCAAUUUUGCAUAGUUUUGUUAGCAACAUUUGCCUCCACUAAUUGUAUUUGUGUACGCAAAAUGUAAUUUGAGUAGUACAUAUUACAAAUUAGUUUCGAUUCCUAAAUUA